AUGACUCAACAACCAUCCGUGGUGUUAGCAACUGCAAGCUAUGAUCACACUAUUCGGUUCUGGGAAGCUAAGAGCGGGCGCUGCUAUCGAACUAUUCAAUACCCUGAAUCUCAAGUAAACCGACUCGAAAUUACCCCAGAUAAGCGCUACCUAGCUGCAGCUGGAAAUCCACACAUUCGGCUUUUUGAUGUCAAUUCAAACAGCCCCCAGCCUGUGAUGAGCUAUGAUUCACAUACCAAUAAUGUGAUGGCUGUUGGAUUUCAGUGUGAUGGGAAUUGGAUGUAUUCGGGUUCCGAAGAUGGCACUGUAAAGAUUUGGGAUCUGAGGGCACCAGGUUGCCAGAGGGAAUAUGAAAGUCGAGCAGCAGUUAACACUGUUGUUUUGCAUCCAAACCAGACCGAACUGAUAUCCGGGGACCAAAACGGUAACAUACGUGUCUGGGAUUUGACAGCAAAUUCUUGUAGUUGUGAGCUGGUCCCAGAGGUGGACACAGCUGUGCGCUCGUUGACUGUGAUGUGGGACGGGAGCUUAGUUGUUGCGGCAAAUAAUCAUGGGAUAUGCUAUGUGUGGCGUUUGUUGCGUGGGACCCAAACUAUGACCAAUUUCGAGCCACUUCAUAGGCUUGAGGCUCAUAAUGGCUACAUCCUUAAAUGUCUUCUCUCCCCAGAGCUUUGUGAACCUAACCGGUAUCUUGCAACUGCAUCGGCGGACCAUACUGUCAAAAUAUGGAAUGUGGAUGGUUUCACUUUAGAGAAAACUUUAGUGGGGCAUCAGCGCUGGGUGUGGGACUGUGUUUUUUCCGUCGAUGGCGCUUUUUUAAUCACAGCUUCUUCUGACUCGACUGCAAGAUUAUGGUCGAUGGCAAAUGGUGAGGAAAUAAAAGUGUACAAAGGACAUCAGAAAGCAACUGUAGCCUGUGCUCUUCAUGAUGGCACUGAACCUUCAUGCUGA